GUCUCUUUCAUGUUGCCGCUCUUUUCUAACUAGCUAGAAAAUCUUGCUACGCUUGCGCAGAGUGCUUGCGUACAUCAUGCAAUUCUCGAUCAUUGUGUAUGAGCCCGGUCUGCAGUCUAGCAGCAAUAAUUACGGAUUUUCGAGAAUCUCUCAUAAUAUGAAGAUAAAAUAUUAAUUCAUCGAAACUAAUUGCAAUUUUCUGUAGGAUUUUGGAAUAGAUUUUUAGUACUUUUACAACGGGAUGAAGCUGAGAGAAGGUGGCGGUUAUGAAACCCUGAGCAAGGCCACGGUUUUUCAUCGCCCACGGCGGUUUUGUUACAUACCGGAGCACGUCGUGGUCGAUCACCGACAGCCGUGUCGCAUGCAUAGACUUACGAAUGUAAAUCCGCCCGCCACGUGUCGAUCCCGCUACAUAGUCCAAGUUUUCUGUGUCAAAUAGCUGUAGUGGCUACUCCUUGCCUGCUGCUCCUCGCAGAGGCACACGGGAACGCCUGUGGAAAAUUGUUAUUCAUACGUAGACCUUUAUGACCUCCAAUCACUUCCGCGAAAGAUUAGUUGGUAAAUGUGGAAUUCGUUUUCUCGAGAAUGUCGCUAGACGCUGAGAGUUUCUAAGUAAUUAACGAGUGAAAGGAUUUUUUGCGCAUGGAAGUAAGUAGCAGAACGACGAUUCUUCAAUUGACCUCAGCAGUGGAUCUUGCUUUAAUAGGAUUUUAAGUUAUGAAGAUAUAUAAUACAAAGGAUUGGAGAGAAUUAUGUUAAUACAUGAUGUUUCUAUGCCGUCAAUUUUCUGGACUUUUCCCGAACGAUGCGCCCAAUGACACAUUGCGUGACGCAUUCAGCCGCAGAAAUGGAUACAUUUUCGGAAAGUAAUGCUUAGCCUACAAAACUCGCCUAAAUGAGGAUAGCCCGCCGCACGUAAACAGAGCGUGUUGGCGACCUAUUACUAGAAAACACGCUUCUAUAUUGCUUUUAUCCAUAAUGCAUUCGUCGUGCAUAAUAACGCGAAUCACGCGUUCGCUCGUUAACGUUAAUCAGCGUUUCGGCGCCGGUCAUCGUAGCGCGAUUUACGCAUAAUUCAUUUCGAUAGCGAUAAACAAUGCCGAGCUAAUUUAUCUCAGUCACCGUCUAGGCAUAAUUUAUUCCAAUGCUGGCGAAAUCGAUUUUAUAAAUGGAAUAAUAAAUGUACGCGUGAAAAGGAACCGAAACAAAGUAAUGCAUAAACUGGAUGUUCAAUCUAUAAAUAUCGCGAGGAAUUCACCGCGGUCAGGACUCGGGGAAUCUAGGCGAGCCUCGCGCGAUCUCGUUGUUGCUCCGGAUCGUCGCAUCGAUGCAACCGAUCGGGCUCGGUAACGCGAAACUUCCUUCGCGUAUCCGCGAAGGUCGUCCGCUGAUUCCGUUACGCUCGGAUCCAUUCGCGAACUCGUAAUACGUUCACUGAACUUCCCAGCGAUGAACCAUGCCAGCGAGUGCAGAGGGAGGUGUUCCGCGAUCGGAUCGCCGACGGGUCGAUUCGAGGCGCGAUUAGCGAGAUCCUCCUAAUAAGAAGAACUGACGCAGCAUCCCGCUACUGAAACAGUUAUGAUGGAUUACUGGCGCCUUUUUUUAUUCGCCAUCAGCACGCCACCAAUUUACAUUUAGAUUGAAUCGCGAAUUCUUGAUACGAAUGUUAACGACGAUAAUAUGCGAAUAUGGAUGAAUGCGUGAAAGCAAACGGAAUUGGAAGAGGGAGGAGAUUGCAAUUUAAAAACGGGAUCAUUCUUUCGUUUAUCGCAUGACUAAUUGUUUAUUCGUGUCAACAAAAUUUAAAUAAGUAAAUCGAGUUUAACACAGUUUGUUUUUUCAGAUACACAAGUUGCGAAAGAGCGAUGAAUCAUUGAAAAUGAACGAUGAUCAUUAUCGACUUUUUUGCCAAAGAAGCUAUGAAAAGGAUGAAAAGGAUAUCCUGUGACACUUUUCGUGAUUCUCUUUGAGACACUUGAUGGACAGAGGAAAAAAUGACUUCCAAAUUUAGAUGAUGAUGAGCGAAAUAUGAACAUAGCGUAUAAUAUAAGGAUUCCAACAUAUAAUUGACACUGUUACGAAGAAAGGAUGACAAAUAAAACAUGUCAGAAGCGCAGCGUGAAAACAGAGCAAUUUUGGUGCAUUGAAAAGUUGUGAAUAUCGCCUCUUCUUAAACCGCAAAGUGACUACGAAAAAUGCUCCUCACUUAAAAGUAGACCUCUCGGAAUCCUCACCGAUAUCGGUCCGGCGCGAUUGGAUAGUUCCAUUGAAAAUGGUAGCAAAGAUGUGUGGUCAUUGGCCGUACGGUUUACCCCCACGUGUACUCGCAGGCUAUAUAGAAGACCCCGCGAGGAAUUUCAUCUUCAGAACUGAGAAUCAGUGUCACGGAAGUCUACCGGAAAGUAACGAAAAUGCGGUGUAUCCAGUACGUGUCGUUAUGCCUGAUCGCGCUUGUCCUGGGACAAGCUGCGGCGUUACCGCAGCAUCCUGUAUACCCGCAGCAGUAUCAGCAACAACAGGUCGGAGGGGAAAGAAAAUUCGCGGAGAAGCCGAACGCGAUGAAAAAGGUGGCGAUCGACGAUCUUGAGGACAUCAGCACUAAUCAGAUUCAGGAGGGUGGCAGCAGCGGCUUCUCGUGGUCCAACAUGCUGGGGAUGCUGAUGCAAAUGCUGCUGGGACAGACUGGAGGUGUGACCGGACCUAGCAAGAACGAGAUAGACGACGGCGCGACGACGAGCCCGUGGACCAACCUGUUCUCCGUAGGUCUCAGGGUCCUCACGGCGCUUCUGGGCGUGCCUCAGCAGCCGGUAGACGGUAUCGACAAGGUGGAUAAUCAGAAUAGUCCUAUGCAGGCAAUAUUGACUGCGGUGCUGGGCGCGUUUCUAGGACAGGGCAGAGACCCCGAACAGAUUGCUGUAAUGGCGAAAAAUGCUUCCGAGUUCAUCAGCAUAGUCAUCAAUCUGCUGGACGCCUUGAAAACCUCGUUCUCCCAUCGCUCUCUGACGGCUCGCUCGCUCGGAAAACGCGACACCAUCUCCGACGCCGCGAUAGCGUCGAUCUCUAUGCUGAAGGGUUAUAUGAGGUCCGUUAAGUCCUUCAGCUACGUAGGUCGCGCCGAGGAGGAAGGUCAGCGCGGAUGCGCCGAGAGGGCUCUUUGCGAGGCCAGCGCGGAGUGUAUCGCUGACACGCCAGGCCCGUCGUCGAUCUUCUGCCAACUUGGAUCGUACGCGACGAGCUAUCUUCUGCAGAGGCAGAGCGGCGUCGGCUUCGAGGCCUUAUACGAAGCAGGACGACGCGGCCGCACGGGCGAGGACUGCAGGACCCUCUUCAUGGAUUGCAACGCCGUAUGAGCACAUUUGUCUUCGCGGCGUUCCGUCAAGCGUGGCUUAGAUUCUGUAGGACUUCAUAAUCUCCGUCGUUUUACAUUAUAGUUAACUAAACGACACGAAAGUCUCAUAGUCAUCUAAAAGACGUCUGGAAAAAGGACGUUGCUUAGAUGGCUCUCAGAAAUUUAAAUACUAUUUAUUACCAAGCCAUUUUCGAAUCGACUCGGAUCAGUAAGGAUUUACGGUGCCUCGCUAUCUUAGCCACGCUAGAAUGGAAAUGUAGAUUUUAAUGAAUGCGGCCGCAGGCGCUCGAGGAGCGCGCUGAGCCGGGAUUCGCAUCGAAUCUCGCCGACAGCUCGGCGACCUCAUGACUGAAUCGUUUCUUCGCGCGGCGAAUUCGGCGCGCGUGUAACUAAAAUAGCGCAUUCUAAGGCAAAUCUCGAAAAGCAGAAUUAUUUUUACGAGUGACUGUGUGAUGUCGCGAGUAAACAAAAUGUUCAAUAGUCCAAUCUCACCAAGACUCGUCUCGUAAAGUAAGAGAUUUAUGUUCCAAUGAAAGUUUUCGGUCGCCUAUUUAUCGCAUUGAGAGUUGCGAAUUUCCUUCCGUAUCGAUCGCCGAGUUCCGCCACGCCGAUUACAUAAUUAUAUUCUUAUUUCUAUUUAUUAUUAAAAGCGUAUUAAAUGUAGGCGUAGAGAGAGUGCCCGUGGUUGGGACUCGACACGAGUUCCAGUAUUCUAGCUACGGUGACUGCAAUACAAGGUAGCGGAAGCUUGAUUGUUGGUACUUUUACGUGCACAAUGCGCAAAAUACACACGAUGUCCGAAACUUCAUGUACCUUGGAACAAUGAAAUUCAUGUCGAAUCAGACGGAUGAAACCAGUGCCGUUUAAUGAUUAGGUAGAAAAAUUAGCGUUUCGCUCUGUCGUACUUAAAAAUUCUUACAGUUUCGGCACAUUCAAUUUUUGAUGCAAUAAGUACGCGAGAAGGAAUCUCAUGACAAUUGUGUCAUUUUCCGUGUGCCUGUAGUCUCGAAAAUUGAAUUCAGGGUAACUGUACUAGUUACAAGUUCUGCACUUAAUGCCUAAGUUAUUACACGCAUCGCGCAUUUAGCAUUAAAUGCAGGGUAUGUACAUGAAGCGUUAUGAUAGUAAGGCUUUUAGGGAGGAAGACGCGCUUAGAGCUGUUGGAGAUAAUGGAUCGGUAAUAUUGUUGUGCUCGAUGAGCUUCGUUCGAAUACCGUUAUCGUUCUUAUGAAAGAAAAAUAAUUGAAAUUAUUUAGGUCUGUAAUUUUUAUAAGAAAUUUAAAUGUUAUUCUACUCAUUAAUUUGUCGAUCUACAAAAUAAAGUUUGAUUUUCAAAGAGUAUAGCUCUUUUAUUAUAUUUAGGAAAUAAAAACGUAAAUUUUACUCUAAUUUAUCCUAAAUCAAAGACGAAAAAUGCAACUAGCAAAUUAAUAAAACAGCAUUAAACUUCCCAUACAAGUCUUACAGAUAUUUUACAAUAACAGUGUUCGAACGAGUUUCGUUCUCCGAAUGGCCCUCCCUAUUUAACGUACGUGUUAAUGUCUCAGGAUGUUAUAAUUUCUUUCCUUUAGCAACCGCCCUGAAUCUAUUAGCUACUGUAUAUAGAUACACAUGUAUACGGGUGGAGUUAACUUUUCGUUAUUUCUUUUUCUGUAAUAUCCACGUAGCGCUCUCGUUAGUACACAUGGCAUAGGCGUAAGUUGUAUGUAUAUGUGUAGUACGAUUAUAUUAAUAUAUACACCAAUAAACAUUAUUUAUCAAGCA